UCCGGGUACGUGUUUUGAUGCGGGAAUGUGGGAAAUGGUCUCAGUUAGACAGGACAUCGUGUUACAGAAAGAACGUCCGCAGAUCAAUAAUUACCGGCGUCUGUUCUAAGGAAAACGAAAUUGGAUUGAGGCGUACAGUGAAACAAAGAAGUGUUGUAGUUGCGGCCAAGCUGUGUCCACGCCAUCAUACAUACAGCCGCGGUAAGCCAAGUGCCGGGCAGCAGUAGCAGCAGCAGUGCCGCGAAAUCCCAGCACGGGGCAGAAGGCGGCGAGAUGUCUAGCCCAGAGGUGGUGGAGGAGCCCUUCUUGUGGCGGAAGGAGCACGAGCAUGAUGACCGCCGCUGCCGCUGUUACAAGGACGACCGCCACAAGGAGGAGAACAUAGAAACUCCCUGCCUCCUGAAGGACACUUACUACAGCCGCGUCACAAAUGAGUACACGUACCAGCGGCAGGUUAAGGCAGCCAGCAGACCAGUCAAGAAGCCCUUCCGAAUAUUACGUCAAGAGGCCCUAGCGAGCGGAAAACUUUACAGUGACCCGGAGUUUCUACCCAAUAAUUUCUCCAUUAACUUUAAUGGUGUCACGCGAAGGAGCUAUGAAUGGAAGAGGCCCCUUGAAAUGGUCCAGAACCCACAGUUCUUCAUCGAUGGAGCCACCAGGUUCGACAUCCAGCAGGGAGAACUGGGUGACUGUUGGCUUCUGGCGGCCGUGGCUAACUUGACGCAGCAUCCCCACCUGUUCCAUGUGGUGGUACCCCGCGACCAGGGCUUCACUCACCAGUACGCGGGCAUCUUCCAUUUUAAGUUCUGGCAGUACGGGCGGUGGCAGGAAGUGGUGAUCGAUGACCUGCUGCCCACCUAUCAUGGCCAACUGGUCUUCAUGCACUCCCGCACCAAGAAUGAGUUCUGGUGUGCCCUGCUGGAGAAAGCCUACGCCAAGAUGUACGGGGGCUACGAGGCGCUACGCGGUGGCAACAUCAACGAGAGCAUGGUGGACCUGACUGGCGGCGUGGUGGAGCUUAUUGACCUGCGCUCCCCGCCGCCCAACCUCUUCGCCAGGCUGUUCAAGGCGUCCCGCAGGGGGGCGCUCAUCGGCUGUGCCAUCGAGCCUGACCACCGCAUCCGUCCUGAGAGCAUCUUAUCCAACGGUCUCAUCGUACGCCACGCCUACUCCGUUACCAGAAUCACCGCUAUCUCACUCGCCACAGCCCCGAGACUCACGGAGCAGAAAAACAUUAGGCCCCACAUGCACAGGCCGCGUCUCCACGGUGCUCUCAGGUCCAUGAUAAAGCACUUGGGAAGCGUGGCCUCUGCUUCGGGCAUCACCUCACGCCACAAGGAUUCCUCUCAUCUGCCCCACAUCCUCGCUCCCUUAACCAACUGGAACCUUACCCUGGCUUUCCCUGAGGGCCAGGCGCACCUCCUGAGGCUGCACAACCCCUGGGGCAACGAGACAGAGUGGACAGGUUCCUGGAGCGACAAAUCUCCUGAGUGGGCCGCGGUUCCUGCCAGUGAGAGGGAGAAACUUGGCCUCACCUUCAACGACGACGGAGAGUUCUGGAUGAGCUUUCAGGAUUUCAUCAAGAACUUUACCGUGGUGGAAAUCUGUGAUGUGACCCCGGAGUUCUUCAGCGAAGACGACAAUAGCAACGGCAAUGAAAUACCAGAGGACAUCCUGCGGGGCUGGAAAAAUAUCAUGUAUGAAGGGGCCUGGGUUUCCAACCACACUGCAGGCGGCUGUAGGAAUUUCAUCAACACCUUCGCCAGGAAUCCCCAGUACACGGUGGAGCUGAAGGAUCCUGACGAGGAGGACGAUGACGACCUGUGCACCAUCAUUAUCUCACUCAUGCAGAAAAACGUGCGCCAGAUGAAGCGUUACGGCAAGGACUACGUGCCCAUUGGCUUCACUCUGUACAAGCUGCCACCUGGACGCCAGCCCGGGACCAAGCUGGACACAGACUUCUUCAGGUACAACGCCAGCUGCGCUAAGGUGCCCUUCUUCCUCAACACGCGGGAGGUCACUGCAAGGUUCCGCCUCUCCGCAGGAUUCUACACCAUCGUACCCUCCACCUUCGAACCAGAGAUGACCGGGGAGUUCCUGCUCAGGGUGUUCACUGAAGUCAGGAACUAGCAUGUCUGGUACCCCGGGAGCCUCAUCUCUCCCCAUACAGUGCAGCUGGAAGAGCACACACACACACACACACACACACACACACACACACACACACACACACACACACACACACACACACACACACACACACACACACACACACAAAAGCGCGCACGGGAGUUCCCUCAUGUGAGCCUUAUGUCAUCAGUAUUGUUUCAUUAAAAUGACAUUUUAGGAUUUUUUAGUCAUGCAUGGUUGUCCCAGCCGUCACACGUGCCAUACCCACCGAACCUCGCUGGACUGCGGCCCUCGCACAAUUUGUUCUCCGUCCUCUCACACCUCCUGGUGAAGCAGAGACGUGUAUUUCGAGUGAUAUUUUAGUGAUAUGGAUUUUUUGUCAUUGAUUGUUUUGUUGAGUGAAAUACAAAGGUUUAAGUGUUCAAAGUAU